AUGGCACAAGAUGAAGAAUUCCGAGGGACUUCCACGGCCGCAGACAUUGAAAUGACUGAAACCAACGACCAAAAGUUGGUCAAGCAUUUGACCGAUGCCGACGAGGCGAUGAAGGCCUUUGCAGAACUAGGCGAGGAAAUUGAGUUGGACGAAGCCACGAACCGUCGUCUGGUGCGGACCAUUGAUUGCCAUAUAAUGCCAAUCAUGUGUCUCGUCUACGCGAUGAACUUUCUCGACAAAACUACCUUGUCUUAUGCCAGCAUCAUGGGUCUCAAGGAAGAUCUCAAUCUGAUUGAUGAUCAGUAUCAAUGGCUAGGCAGUUUAUUCUACUUUGGAUACCUCGCUUGGGAAUAUCCAACCAGCCGGCUGCUGCAGCGGUUGCCAUUGGGCAAAUACUCGGCCGCCUGUAUCCUCAUUUGGGGUAUGAUUCUUUGCUGCUUUGCCGCUACUACGAAUUACUCUGGAGCGAUUGCAAUUCGCUUCUUCUUGGGAGUGUUCGAGGCCGCAGUAACACCAGGAUUCGCGCUGCUAACCUCACAGUGGUAUACCAGAAAUGAGCAAGGCAAGCGCGUGAACAUUUGGUAUAGCUUCAACGGCUGGGGCCAGAUCAUCGGCGGCCUGGUGGCUUACGGCAUUGCCAUCGGCACGAAAAAGCAUGGCUCGCUUAUCGCGCCUUGGAAGAUUGUGUUCCUCUUCACAGGAUUAUUAACAAUCGCCCUAGGAUUGAUUUUCCUCUGGGUCGUGCCGGACAGUCAACUGAACGCACGCUGGUUAUCUAAACAAGACCGAAUCCUCGCUGUCGCUCGCGUACGAAUUAACCAGCAGGGUAUUGGUAACAAACAUUUCAAAAUGUACCAGGCCAAAGAAGCUCUGCUUGACCCGAUGACUUGGGCUUUCUUCUUCUUUGCUAUCAUUGCAAACAUCCCCAACGGUGGGAUCACCAACUUCUUCAGUCAGCUCAUCACCAGCUUUGGCUAUACUGAAGAGCAGAGCUUGCUAUACGGCACCCCUGCUGGUGCAGUGGAGGUGAUUGCUCUUGUAUUGAACGGUAUAAUCGGCGACAGGACUGGCCAACGUAUCCUGUCUAGUAUUGGUGGUCUACUCACUGCCACGAUAGGCGUCAUUCUUAUAGUCGCACUGCCACUGGAAAACAACGUUGGCCGUCUAAUUGGGUACUAUAUGACGCAGGCGUUCCCUACCUCAUUUGUAGCAUUGUUGUCAUUGAUCUCCUCCAAUGUGGCUGGAUACACAAAGAAAACCACUGUUGCUGCGCUGUACUUGAUUGGAUACUGUGCGGGUAACAUCAUUGGACCAUUGACCUUCCGUCCCCAAGAUGCGCCGCGUUAUGUCUCGGCUGAAAUUGUCAUCAUUGUGUGCUGGGGCGUCUGUAUGUUCCUGUUGCUGUUUAUCUGGUGGUGGUACAACAGAGAGAAUCGACGCAAGGCCGAGAUCGUCUCGGGACCAAACUAUGUUCAAGUGGAGGGACGAGAGUGGCUUGAUUUGACGGACCGAGAGAACCAUGAUUUCAUCUACACUCUCUAG